AGUUCAAUCCAACAUGGUUGUGUUUCGGCCUGAUCCGUGCGGUAUCACCUGCAUAAUAAUUACUUACAUCGCAGUUCUUUACGCCGAUUAUGUCGUCGUCCGACAUUUGGUCAUCCCUUCGAUGUCUGAGACUUUCUGGGGUGCUGUCCAUGUGGUGGUGUUCAACACGAUUCUGUUCCUGCUGACAAUAUCUCACAUGCGGGCGGUCAUGUCUGACCCCGGGGUGGUGCCACUCCCCACCACCAGUAUCGACUUCUCCGACAUGCACUCAGGGAAGCAGACCAAGUGCUCGGGCGAUGGAUGGACUGUUUGUAUGAAGUGCGAGACGUACCGGCCGCCACGAGCUCACCACUGCCGCGUCUGUCGUAGGUGCAUCCGAAGAAUGGACCAUCACUGUCCGUGGAUCAACAACUGUGUUGGAGAAUUUAACCAAAAGUUUUUUAUUCAGUUUUUAUUUUAUGUAGGGAUGUCAAGUGUUUAUGCUGUUACCAUGGUGAUAGUGGCCUGGAUAGUGGAUCCCACCCCUGUUGAAAGUAUCCGCCAUAUCAAAUUAUUGCAUUCCAUAAUUCUGGUGAUAGAGUCCAUACUAUUUGGCCUGUUUGUUAUAGCAAUAGGAUGUGAUCAGAUAUCGUCAAUUUUGAAUGACGAAACUGCUGUAGAGCAUGUGAAGCGAGAGGGGCCACGUCGUCAGAAGAAAUCAACGAUGGCUUUGUUCCAAGAAGUGUUUGGUAGAGGUCACCCUCUGGUGUGGCUGUGCCCUCUGCACUAUGACCCUGUGACCCCAGAAGUGCCCAUGCAUUACAAUGUGUGACAUGUCAGAGGUCAAGGUCAAGGUUGGCUGUGUGAAUGUGAAGGAUGCCAGGACGGAUAUGUUUUUAGUAUUUAUCACUUUGAUGUGUCACCGUACAAGGAAUCGGUUGUCAGUCAUUGCAUAUAGAGCUGGCUACAGCAAGUUUUUUUACAUGAUCUGUGAGCUGUUGUCAGUGAAUUUGACCCUAUUUUAUCUGCACCCUUAGACACACUGGUGCCCAUGUGGGCUGCAGCACAUGUAUACUCAACAAUAAAAGUUACUGUCAUCAGGUUCUUAUGGCCUCAGAAAUAUGUCUUUUUUAGAGUAGUCAAGAGGACUAGUGUUAACCUUAUUUCACUAGUCCUCAGAGUCUGUAACUAGUCCUGCUUGAACAUGACACAAAUGCUUUCUAGCGUUUCUUUACAUUUGCUGUCAGUUCUGUUCAGUUUCAAUUUGUAGCCAAAUUAAAGCAUUGGGAACUGGUCAGUGAGGACAACCAGCACUGGCUUCUUACUUGUCCUCCGCACAGUGGAGUAGUCAUGGGCUAGUGGGAAUUUUAAAGGCUGUUAUGCUCAUACUGUGAUAUUAAAAUCAACAAUAGUAAACUCUUUCUUCAAAGACAUCAAGUGUUUCCAGGGCAUUGGAUAGCUUUUUCAUUUGUCAUGCUGAAGGCCGAGUUUCAUUGCCCCAAAUAGGUACAAUGUGUGCAGCAAUCUACAUGGUAUUGCUGGAAUAUUGUUAAAAGUGAUUUGUGUGUUCUUUACACAAGCUUUUAUAAAUAGUGUGGCCAUGGUCAUUAUAAGUAUAUGGAUUCUGUGGUAUUUGGUUGGCAUUUGAUUGGCAUUUUAUUGGCUAACUGAGCAAUUUUUUCCUAUUAUUGUUUCCCACUAACUGACUAAAAUCCGGGUUAGAAUAGGUCUUCAAUAACGUAUGCUUGCCGUAAGAGGCGACUAAUGGGAUCGUGUGGUCAGACUCACUGACUUGGUUGAUGCCUGCCAUAGUAUCCCAGUUGCGUAGAUCAAU